GGGGAGCAGCAGAGGAGAAACCUAAUCUCAGAACCCAACAACACCUAGCAACAGUUGAAAAAACUUUGAAACAAAAGUCUGGGGUGGGAGAUAGGCGACUUCCAAUUCCUGCUGAUCCUGACUGAAGGCGAAGCUGCAGCUACUCUGUUUCCUGUAUGACUUCAGCUACUGGCUAGUCCCAGCACAGUGGGAAAAGCGUUUUUUCCUCAGUCUUCUUUUGGGCUGGCUAGUUUUUCAGGACUCAGUCUUGGGCUGUGGGACAAGCCACUGGGUUCUUCAAGGGAUAAACCAGCGGCGAAAGAACACACCAUUGGUUAAGGAGUCGACAACAGGUGGGAAUGAGAUCACGAAAUCAAGGUGGAGAAAGUUCAUCUAACGGGCAUGUCUCCUGCCCCAAGUCCUCCAUCAUCAGCAGUGAUGGUGGUAAGGGCCCCUCAGAAGAUGCAAAAAAGAACAAGGCCAAUCGGAAGGAGGAGGAUGUCAUGGCUUCCGGAACUGUCAAACGGCACCUCAAACCAUCUGGAGAAAGUGAGAAAAAGACUAAGAAGUCUCUGGAGUUAUCUAAGGAGGACCUCAUCCAGCUCCUGAGUAUCAUGGAAGGGGAGUUGCAGGCUCGAGAAGAUGUCAUCCACAUGCUGAGGACAGAGAAAACCAAGCCCGAGGUUCUGGAGGCACACUAUGGAUCUGCAGAGCCUGAGAAAGUGCUUCGGGUCCUGCACCGAGAUGCCAUCCUUGCUCAAGAGAAGUCCAUAGGAGAAGACGUCUAUGAGAAACCUAUCUCAGAGCUGGACAGACUGGAGGAAAAGCAGAAGGAGACGUACCGCCGCAUGCUAGAGCAGCUGCUGCUGGCUGAGAAGUGUCACAGGCGCACCGUGUACGAGCUGGAGAACGAGAAGCACAAGCACACUGACUACAUGAACAAGAGCGACGACUUCACCAACCUGCUGGAGCAGGAGCGAGAGAGGUUGAAAAAGCUCCUUGAACAAGAAAAAGCUUACCAAGCCCGCAAAGAAAAGGAAAACGCUAAGCGGCUUAACAAACUUCGAGAUGAGCUUGUGAAGCUCAAGUCCUUCGCCCUCAUGUUGGUGGACGAGAGGCAGAUGCACAUCGAGCAACUGGGCCUGCAGAGUCAGAAAGUCCAGGACCUCACUCAGAAGCUGAGGGAGGAGGAAGAAAAACUCAAAGCGGUCACUUACAAAUCCAAGGAAGACCGCCAGAAACUGCUCAAGUUAGAAGUGGACUUCGAACACAAGGCCUCGAGGUUUUCCCAGGAGCACGAAGAGAUGAACGCCAAAUUGGCGAAUCAAGAAUCUCACAACCGGCAGCUUCGACUCAAACUGGUUGGCUUAUCGCAAAGGAUUGAGGAGCUGGAAGAGACCAAUAAAAGCCUUCAGAAGGCAGAGGAAGAGCUCCAGGAGCUGAGAGAUAAAAUUGCCAAAGGGGAAUGUGGAAACUCCAGUCUCAUGGCGGAAGUGGAGAGUCUACGCAAGCGCGUGCUUGAGAUGGAGGGCAAGGAUGAAGAGAUCACGAAGACUGAGGCCCAGUGCCGGGAGCUGAAGAAGAAGCUCCAAGAGGAAGAACACCACAGCAAGGAACUUAGACUAGAAGUGGAGAAGCUGCAGAAGAGGAUGUCUGAGCUGGAGAAGCUGGAGGAAGCCUUCAGCCGGAGUAAGUCGGAAUGCACCCAGCUCCAUCUGAACCUGGAGAAGGAGAAGAACCUAACCAAAGACCUGCUGAACGAGCUGGAGGUGGUCAAGAGUCGAGUUAAAGAACUCGAAUGCUCGGAGAGUAGACUGGAGAAGGCCGAGUUAAGCCUGAAAGAUGACCUUACAAAGCUGAAGUCCUUCACUGUGAUGCUGGUGGAUGAGAGGAAAAAUAUGAUGGAGAAGAUAAAGCAAGAAGAGAGGAAAGUGGAUGGGUUGAAUAAAAACUUUAAGGUGGAGCAGGGAAAAGUCAUGGAUGUGACGGAAAAGCUAAUCGAGGAAAGCAAGAAGCUUUUAAAACUCAAAUCUGAAAUGGAGGAAAAGGUGUACAGUCUGACAAAGGAGAGGGAUGAGCUGAUGGGUAAACUGAGGAGCGAAGAAGAAAGGUCCUGUGAACUGAGCUGCAGUGUAGACUUACUAAAGAAGCGGCUUGAUGGCAUAGAGGAGGUAGAAAGGGAAAUAAACCGAGGUAGGUCGUGCAAGGGGUCUGAGUUCACCUGCCCGGAAGACAAUAAGAUCAGGGAACUAACGCUUGAAAUAGAGAGACUGAAGAAACGACUCCAGCAGUUGGAGGUGGUGGAGGGGGACUUGAUGAAGACCGAGGACGAAUAUGACCAGUUGGAGCAGAAGUUCAGAACCGAGCAGGAUAAGGCAAACUUCCUCUCCCAGCAGCUCGAGGAAAUCAAACACCAAAUGGCCAAGCACAAAGCCAUAGAGAAAGGGGAGGCCGUGAGCCAGGAAGCCGAGCUGCGACACAGGUUUCGGCUGGAGGAGGCUAAAAGUCGUGAUUUACAGGCCGAGGUGCAGGCUCUCAAGGAGAAGAUCCACGAGCUGAUGAACAAGGAAGACCAGCUGUCUCAGCUCCAAGUCGACUAUUCGGUCCUUCAGCAAAGAUUUAUGGAAGAAGAAACUAAGAACAAGAACAUGGGGAGGGAGGUCCUCAAUCUGACCAAGGAGCUAGAGCUUUCCAAGCGCUACAGCCGAGCUCUCAGGCCGAGUGGGAACGGCCGAAGGAUGGUGGACGUGCCUGUGGCCUCCACGGGAGUGCAGACCGAGGCGGUGUGCGGGGAUGCUGCGGAGGAGGAGACCCCGGCUGUGUUCAUUCGCAAAUCCUUCCAGGAGGAAAAUCACAUCAUGAGUAAUCUUCGACAGGUAGGCCUGAAGAAACCCAUGGAACGGUCCUCGGUCCUCGACAGGUAUCCCCCAGCAGCGAAUGAGCUCACCAUGAGGAAGUCUUGGAUUCCUUGGAUGAGAAAAAGAGAAAACGGUCCUUCCACUCCGCAGGAGAAAGGGCCCAGGCCAAACCAGGGUGCAGGGCACCCCGGGGAGCUGGUCCUAGCACCAAAGCAGGGCCAGCCCCUGCACAUCCGUGUGACACCAGAUCAUGAGAACAGCACUGCCACCCUGGAGAUCACAAGCCCCACAUCUGAAGAGUUUUUCUCUAGUACCACCGUCAUUCCUACCUUAGGCAACCAGAAACCAAGAAUAACCAUUAUUCCAUCACCCAAUGUCAUGUCGCAAAAGCCCAAAAGUGCAGAUCCUACUCUCGGCCCAGAACGAGCCAUGUCCCCUGUCACGAUUACUACUAUUUCCAGAGAGAAGAGCCCGGAAGGUGGAAGGAGUGCGUUUGCCGACAGGCCUCCAUCCCCCAUCCAAAUCAUGACGGUGUCAACAUCUGCAGCUCCCACUGAAAUCGCUGUCUCUCCUGAAUCUCAGGAAGUGCCUAUGGGAAGGACUAUCCUCAAAGUCACCCCGGAAAAACAAACUGUUCCAGCCCCCGUGCGGAAGUACAACUCCAAUGCUAAUAUCAUCACCACGGAAGACAAUAAAAUUCACAUUCACCUGGGUUCUCAGUUUAAGCGAUCUCCUGGGCCUGCGGCUGAAGGCGUGAGCCCAGUUAUCACCGUCCGGCCUGUCAACGUGACAGCCGAGAAGGAGGUUUCUACAGGCACAGUCCUUCGCUCUCCCAGGAACCACCUCUCUUCAAGACCCGGUGCUAGCAAAGUGACCAGCACUAUAACUAUAACCCCAGUCACAACGUCAUCCACGCGAGGAACCCAAUCAGUGUCAGGACAAGAUGGGUCAUCUCAGCGGCCUACCCCCACCCGAAUUCCUAUGUCAAAAGGUAUGAAAGCUGGAAAGCCAGUAGUGGCAGCCCCAGGAGCAGGAAAUCUGACCAAAUUCCAGCCUCGAGCUGAGACUCAGUCUAUGAAAAUAGAGCUGAAGAAAUCUGCAGCCAGCAGCACUGCCUCUCUUGGAGGGGGGAAGGGCUGAGGGCAGUGGCUAAGGGGGUACGUUGUAAGGAUGCUACUGCUGCAGUGGAAACAAACCUUCCUCUGUUUGUGCCAACCCUUUCCUUGUACUACUAAUUUAAGUUUUAAAUAUCUUGUUUAUAAAAUAACCAUUUAAUAGCCAUCCACCCCCCCUCCCAUUUUGUGCAUCUGUUUCAAUGCAGGGGAAUAGAAUUAAUUAGCAGAAUUUCUGUUUGCUGAAUGUUCUGUUGAAGAUGUUGGUCCAGUUCAGUUUUACUUCUAGCAUGUGGCCCCAUUCAAGGUAGCUCACGAGUUAUGAAGCCCUCAAUAUUGUCACCGGAGAGAUUUGAGGACCACAUUACAUAUAUGCUCCCAAAGGCUGGCUCCCAAUUAUCCUAAUUGUAAGCCAACUUUAAUAGACUCAGUUCUGUGAUUUUUUUUCCAAAAAAAAAAAUAUUUUGAAAUAGGACAGAGUUUAACAGUUGUCAUUUUGCACUAUCAAAUCAUGACUUUGAUAUAUGGGUUAUAAGAAAAGAAUACUUUCAAAGCUAUCACAGGGUCUCUAAACUUUUGGAAAAACAAAAGCCCCUAAUAUGACCUCAGGAAACAAUUUGAACGUGAAAUAAAAUGGAAAUGAACUAUGGAAUCUUAAAAA